GGAAGUGCGCUCGUUGGGCUCGCCCUUACCUCCGAACUGCAAUCGCUAACCUCUCCCCCUUUUCAUCAAGUCAUGUCUGAUACAGAGCGAUGGGCAAAUUUGAUGACAACGAGAGGAUAAUCCUUAACGUCGGGGGCACCCGACACGAAACCUACAAGAGCACCCUGAAGACCCUGCCGGGGACGCGCCUGGCCCUGCUCGCCUCCGACUUAGACAUCGAUUCCGUGCUGGAACAGCUGCAACAAGUCCCCAGCUUUAUCGAGUACAACGUGCGGACCAACGAGUACUUCUUCGACCGCCAUCCCGGCGUCUUCGCAUAUGUGCUGAACUACUACCGAACUGGCAAGCUGCACUGCCCGGCUGAUGUGUGUGGACCGCUGUUCGAGGAGGAGUUGUGCUUCUGGGGCAUCGAUGAGACGGACGUGGAGCCCUGCUGCUGGAUGACAUACCGGCAACACCGGGAUGCAGAGGAGGCUCUGGACGUGUUUGAGCUCAACGUGGACAACGGAGAGGAGGAAGACGAAAUAGGGAGGAGGCUCGGCAUCGAAGACGCGGCUGCCGACGGGAAUGCUAGUCUGUGGUUGAAGUGGCAGCCGGUCAUCUGGAACCUGUUCGAGGAUCCCUACUCAUCUGGGGCUGCUCGGUUUGUCGCCUUUGCAUCUUUGUUCUUCAUCCUGGUCUCCAUCACCACCUUCUGCUUGGAGACUCAUGAGGCUUUCAACACAAUUAUCAACAAGACUGAAUCGCGGAAUAGCAGCGGACCUGACUUGGGUCCACAGUAUGAGAUCGAAACAGACCCUGCCCUCACAUAUGUGGAGGGCGUUUGCGUCUUCUGGUUCACCAUUGAAUUCCUUGUACGUGUGACCUUCUGCCCAGUCAAGUUGGAGUUUGUUAAAAGUGUUCUCAACAUCAUCGACUUUGUGGCCAUCCUACCUUUCUAUUUGGAAGUGGGGCUAAGUGGCCUUUCUUCAAAAGCUGCUAAGGAUGUAUUGGGUUUCCUCAGGGUGGUGCGUUUUGUUCGUAUUCUCCGUAUCUUCAAAUUAACACGUCAUUUUGUGGGACUCAGGGUGCUUGGCCACACAUUGCGUGCUAGCACCAAUGAAUUUCUGCUGCUCAUUAUCUUCCUAGCAUUGGGAGUGUUAAUUUUUGCCACCAUGAUUUAUUAUGCAGAACGAAUAGGGGCCAAGCCCAAUGACCCCACUGCCAGCCUCCACACCAAAUUCAAGAAUAUCCCUAUUGGCUUUUGGUGGGCUGUAGUAACCAUGACUACUCUUGGCUAUGGCGAUAUGUAUCCAGAAACCUGGUCAGGAAUGGUGGUGGGUGCGUUAUGUGCUUUAGCUGGUGUACUAACAAUAGCCAUGCCUGUGCCUGUUAUUGUCAAUAACUUUGGGAUGUACUACUCUUUGGCCAUGGCAAAGCAAAAGCUGCCCAAGAAGAGGAAGAAACACAUCCCCCAGGCAGUGCAAGGAGGAUCUCCAACCUACUGCAAAGCUGAUCUCAACACCACCUGCAACAGCACUCAAGGUGACCUCUGCCAUGUCAAAGGGAGCAGGGUACUAGAGUGCAACCGUUCAGUUUUGUCAGCAGACUGCAGCAGCAGCAGUGACUUAUCCAUGUCUCCAGAGGAGAGAGUGCCCAUGCGAAGUUCCCGUACCCGGGAACAGCUGCCAAACAGGAGGGACAUGAUUGAUUACAGCUGCCCAGGAGAUGGAAGCUUGCGAAAAACAGGGUAUGAGAAAUCUCGGAGCUUAAACAACAUUGCAGGCAUGACUGGUAAUGCCCUGAGGUUGUCUCCCGUGACCUCACCGUACGGAUCACCCUGUCCGCUUCGCCGCUCUCGCUCUCCUAUUCCCUCCAUCCUGUGA